CCUAUAGCUUGCUAGAGAGGUGAGUUUCUGGGGCGGUAUUUUUGACAGCUUUCCUUCUACUUCGUGCGACGGCAUGUCGUUUGUCUAAUUGACUUCAUUGCUCCGUAUGCUGUCGUGGUUGAGGAGCUGCACAGAGAAAAUAGCAGCCAGGUUGUGUCCAGGUGCCCUUGCAUUGAGCCAAAAUGGCUGACCCGUGGCAGGGGGCGAUGGACCAUGCUGUAGCAGUGGCCAGGAAGGCAGGGGAGAUUAUCAGGGACGCCCUGCAGAAUGAUAUGAAGAUCAUGUGCAAGAGCUCAUCGGUUGACCUUGUCACCAAGACUGACCAGCAGGUGGAGCAAUUCAUUUUCGACUCAGUAAGGGAGAAGUUUCCUACUCACAGCUUUAUUGGAGAGGAAUCGGUAGCUGCUGGACAGCCCUGUACACUGACUGACAACCCAACCUGGAUCAUCGACCCUGUGGAUGGGACUACCAACUUUGUGCACGGAUUCCCAUUUGUCGCUGUGUCCAUUGGCUUCGCUGUCAAGAAGGAGCUGGAGUUUGGCGUGGUGUACAGCUCGUUAGAGGACAAAAUGUACACGGGCCGAAGAGGCAAGGGGGCCUACUGCAACGGCCUGCCCCUACAGGUGUCAGACCAGACAGAUAUCAGCCAGUGCAUCGUUAACAGCGAGAUGGGCUCCAACAGAGACCCAGAAGUGGUUGACAGAAUCUUCUCUACCAUGCGGAAGAUCCUGUGCAUCCCAGUCCACGGGCUGAGGGGCGUUGGCACGGCAGCCGUCAACAUGGGCCUGGUGGCCUCCGGCGCCGUGGAGGCCUACUUUGAAAUCGGGAUCCACUGCUGGGACAUCGCGGCCGGCGCUGUCAUUGUCACCGAGGCGGGGGGCGUCGUCAUGGAUGUAGACGGAGGACCAUUUGACUUGAUGUCGAGGAGAGUUUUGGCGGCAAACAACAAGACAAUCGCAACAAGAAUCGUUAAGGAGAUAGAUGCAUUUCCAGCAGAAAGAGAUGACGCUCCCAAACAGGAAAAACAAUGAUUUCUAAAUAGAAAUAUCCUUAUCAGGGCAUUGUAAUAUAUAUACUAUAUAUUUUUUGUCUUAGCAUUUAUGUACUUGAAUAAAAGCCAUUGUCAAUGUAAACCAAUGUAAUCAAACAUUCACGCACAACUUCCUCCAGUGGUAAAAUGCAGCAAUGCUAAAGUGAGAAAUACCUCACUCUAGCAUUAUGUAAUUUCCUUUAGCUGUUGUUUAUAAUACAAAUGACCCUCCAAAUAUAUACUGUGGCCAUCUUUUUGGGUCAUGUCACUUUGCCGCAGGAAGCUGUCAGUCUUUCAGAUAUGUAUUUUUUAUAAGAUUCUGAAGCUGAUUUAUCUGCAAUAAACGUAUUAACAUAACACAUUUCCACAGUGUUGAAACUGAGUCAGAAAUGUAAG